AGUUAUCUGUGUGGUUCCGGGCUGUGAUCAAGUUUUUCGAGGGGACAAAAGAAGUCAACACUAAAUGUUAAAUUUGAUCAGAAUGGACGCCCGAUGGUUUAUAAUUAUAAAGUACCAAAUAUUCACCAGGAAUACUUCUGUGUUAAGAACAUACAUAUAAAUAGCCUGCCUGCAUUAAGGGAGCAUUGGAUAUAUAAGAUAGACAGAAAGCGAAAAUUGUCAGACUUAGUUGAGAUUGUUGAUUCAGCACCCAAAGAUGCAAAACUUGAUGAAGAGGUUGAUUCAACCGUUGAAUACUUAAAGGGAAAUAUUCUGUUUCCUUCUGAAAACCUGACAAUGGAGAUGGCAGUGGAGCAGAAAAAGAUUUUUGAAUACUUGGGAAUGGAAAACCCAGCAAUCACAGCAACAACUGUAAGAGACAGGUAA